CUUUAUUGAAUUGGAAUGGGAGUCUUUACAACUCUCUUCAGUUUUGUUUCUCUCUAUUGAGAAAAAUCAAAAAAGAACAUCAAUAUUCUAUCCUUUUUCAGAGCUGGUAUCAUAAUUGCAAUACUAGAAGCUACAGUCACUAUAUUCGAACCGUAUUCUUCUGAAGUGUAUCAUAAUGUAGGUACAGUAAGAUUUCAGGCCAGCCAGCCCUGAAAUCCAACUACAUCUUUAAUCAGCUGAUCCAUAUAGAGCAAUUUCCAGGGAUAAGCAGUGAAACCCUGGAAACCCUCGGGCUAUUCAUUGAAGUUUCUGUCACCUUAGGACUCCUCUUAAUACUCUUCAUUGACUAAUUAUUAAUUUGUGAGCCCAUGAGUAAACAAUUUUCUACAUUUUUAGCAAUGAACAAGACCAACUUGGCAAUGGAGACAUUAUACUUGGAGAGAUUGAUAGAAGAAAUCUGUCUCAAGAAAUCCUUGAAGACCAAAGCUCUCUUAGUGGAAAAUCUGGCAAUAAGUAUGAUACUUUUAGUAAAGAUUCCUCGGCAAAUACCUAAGAUAUGAAAAAUCUAUAUUUGUUACAUUCUUGUGUAUAGUUAUCCAUUCGAUAAUUGAUGGAAUAUCCUUUGGGGCAGUCAACUUCGCUGGACAUUGGAGGGAUAAAAAGUGUUUCAGAUGAUUAUUUUUACAGCAAUGGUGUGACAUAAAAUUCCUGCAGCAAUAGAACUGAUCUCUUUUAUGAUCCGUCAAAAGGUUAAACAAAGAUAUUUAAGUAUCUAAUAAGGUUCUUUUUCUCAGCAUCAAUAGCCGCAAUAAUAACCUACUAUACUCUCUGAGAUAUUAAAAGCAGGUUUUCAAACACAGAUAAAUCAUACAAAUGGUUGGCAUUUGCUUAUUCAUUUCAGCUGGUUCUUUUAUUCAUGUUGCUUUAAUGCGUAUUGUUCCGGAAGUAUUUUCAAGAGUAAAUAAGCAUCAUAAGAACAAGAAUAAUCGCCACAAAAUUAGGAAUAUUAACCAAAUCUUAAUUAUGCCAUUGGAUGAUGUAUUCUUUUAUUUGUU